AUGAUUUAUUUAUUAGAUAAUGUUGUUUGUGGUCAAUUAAUAGAAGAUGUUCAACAACAACCUUAUGCCGUUAUUUUAUUUGAUGAAGUUGAGAAAGGUCAUCCAUGUAUUUUGGAUAUUUUAUUAAAAGUUUUAAACGGUGAUUGUCUUACUAAUGAUAAAAAUCGAAUAGUUGAUUUUACAAAUACAGUUAUUAUUUUAUCAACAAAUAUUGGUGUACAAUAUAUAUUCGAACAAAUUAAAAAUUCAAUUUAUUCAGAAAAAACUUUUGAUGAAAAAUUAUCUAAAACAAUUAAAAAUCAUCUAAUGAACCAAAUUUCUUCAUAUUUUCGACUUGAAUUUCUAAAUCGUUUGGAUGGUAUUGUAUUCUUUCAACCACUUUAUCUUAAUCAACUUUCAUCUAUAAUUCAUCUUCAAUUUCGAUCAAUUGAAGACCUUUUUAAAGAAGAAUAUAUUACAAUUCGUUUGACUGAUAAAGCUAUUCAAUUAAUUCUUAAAACAUCUUAUAAUCCAGUUGACGGUGUUCAAUCAUUAAAACAUCAUCUUGAACAACAUAUUAUAACUCAAGUUCGAAAACACUUAAUGAGACUUCAACUUCCAUCACAUUGUCAUGUUAUAAUUGAUACUAAUGCAAACGAUCAAUAUCGAGUUGAUAUUCAAUAA